AUUAUUACCAAUAAAAUAUUUUUUUCCUGUGUUAUGUGACAUUGCAAUUUCAGAGGUCGUGGGUUUGAAUUUUUGGGUUGAAGAGGAAUAAGAGCUGUGGAAGAUGUGAAGCCAGUGGCUGAUAAUUUGCAGAGUGGAGAGGCCAGGAUGCUGGCCAUGUUGAGGUAUGUGUUCUCGCGGAACACGAAGGAGCCUCGCGCGUCGUCGGCGAGCUACUACAGCGGGCCGGAAGUGCCUCUGCCAGAGAUCCGCAGCUUCCUGCAGCACCGCGGCGCGGGCAGCGUCGACCUGGUGUGCGACGACUCCACAAGCAUCGCCACGCUGUGCUUCAACCAGCCUGACAAGCGCAACGCCAUCAGCGGCAAGAUGAUGGUGGAGCUGGCGCGGGCCGUGGAGACCCUGGAGGGCUGGGCGGAGGGCAGGGGCGUGCUGGUGCACGGACGCGGGGGCCACUUCUGCGCGGGCGGGGACCUGCACGUCAUGCGCGACAUGUCCGGCCCCGACGACGGCUUCAAGAUGGCCGCCUUCAUGCAGGACGCGCUGAGCCGGCUGCAGGCGCUGCCCCUCGUCAGCGUCGCGCUCGUCGAGGGCUCGGGGGCGCUGGGCGGGGGAGCGGAGAUCGCCAUCGCCUGCGACUACCGACUGCUGACGCGGGAGGCGGCCGGGAUCGGCUUCGUGCACGGCCGGAUGGGGAUCGCGCCGGCGUGGGGCGGAGGCCUGCGGCUGGCGGAGGUGGUGGGCUCGCGCCGGGCCCUGGACCUGCUGCUCUCGGCGCGGGUGGUCGGCUGGCCCGAGGCGCUCGACCAGGGGCUGGCCGACGGCGUCGUCGACGGCGCCGACGCCAUCACGGAGGCCCGCGAGUGGCUGGCGGCCAGGACCUCGCUCGACGCGCGGGUGGUGAGGGCGGCCAAGAGCAUAGUGCGCGGCGCGGCGGCCGGCGGGAGCCGAGAGCAGCGGCUGGAGGAGGAACGAAGGGUGUUCGCGCCCCUGUGGGGCGGUCCUGCCAACAAGGCAGCCUUGGCAAGGUACUUCGAGCGUGCGUCAGCGCCAAAGACCAAAGACUGAUUCAUCAUCAAUCUCUAACGGCGUCCGACUGUGAUAUUCUGUCUUAAAAUAUUUUUUGGGGAAAGUUUUUUUUUUUCUUCAAAGGGUAAGGAGGAAAUAAACACUGAUUCGUACACUCUUCUUCAUAAUGCAGGUAUUUUGCUUUUACAGUCAUAGAGUUUACCUAUAAAACGAGACAGAACAUACUGGAAUAAAUUCGAAACGUUACGUCGGUGACGGCCAGAAAAUCCAGAGAAGCUCCAUUUCCUUGAUAUGCUCUUUAUUAUAAUCUCGGACAUCAUCUCCAUCGUCAGAACAUCGUGUACAGAAAUGAAGCUCGGGCAGGGUUCUACAAAAUCAACUAUACGCGACAAACUCAGACACUGCAAGCUAAACAUCAUUGUAACACGAUACCGAUAAACAUGUUUUACACAGCUUUCGACAAACUUCGCAGGGACUACUGGGCAGCUACAAAGGAAAAAUAUGGAAGAUGCUGCUGAAGUCGGGUUUUUCCCGCUACACACUUUGAAAGAAGAGCAGUCUUAAGUUGCACAAACAGGUCUGUCACAAUAAAGUACAUUUUUAUGUUAAAAAAAAAUACUUUAACAUCCCUUUUACUUUGUACGUAUUAUGCUUGUGAUCGACAGAAGUGGGAGGUGUCUUCAAAAAAACCUGAAAUACAUAGAGAUCUGAAAAAUUCGCGGGUUCAUUUCGUGUUAUGCUAAAAUUCAAAUAAUUAUACCUUAGUGCGGCUUCCGCAAUUGGUUCACUGUUAAUCUGCAGGACUGAGGGCCAAUUAGAGACCCUCACUCAUAGAAGUGUCGAAUCACAGGUUACCCAGUGGAGAUGACUCACAGUCAGCAGCCAAUAUACAGUUGGCAUUUGCCCGAAUGUGUAGAGGAUAUUGGAGUCUAUCCUGAAGUUCAUUGAUCCCCCCGAAUUUUUCCGGUCUCUAGAAAUACAUCAUUUUAUAUUUUUUUGUACUCAUUAAAUACAUAUAAAUAUGUAACAAAUAAAUAAUUGAUCUUCUUAUGUACCAUAAUACAUAAGUUAAAAUUAUUUUAGUUUUGUAAUGCAAAUAAAUACUAUGUGAUAAAUGUGUACUAUAAUUAAUCAUAUAUGUAUACUAGUUAAAGAUGCACACAUUAAAUAUUGGCCUUGAAAAAUUAUUUUUAAAAUUUUUUAAAAUUUAUGUUGGUAAUUGGCCAUAAAGCAUUAUACUUCAAAACUUAAUAUCAAAGUGAAAUUUUAAUUUUGGAUGACAUUAAUCACAUAUGUAAUAAUUGUUACGUGAGUGGGCGCAGCUAAGAAAAUUACUUUUCUGCUGACCAGGUUAACAUGUAUUUGUACCUCAUACAGUAGAGUCUUCCAUUGAAAGUCAAGCUGUAUUUCAUUUUAGUUUAUGCCAAAUGAUUUAUGAAAAUAUCAUUCUACAUUUUGAAAUGUGUGCCACUGGAUAUAAAAAGACUUGUAUAGUUGUAGGACAUGUUGAUGAUUGUAUGCGAUAAGAAUAAUCACACCACUCUUCACAAAACAGUUCCAAAAUAAAAUAUAGAUUAAUAAAA